AUGUUUUUAAAAAAGUCUAAAAAAGUAGCCCUCCAAGGAAAAUACUUGGAAGGCGAAAAAAUAGUAGGCAGAGACGUUUUUUCUGCCUACUGGUCUAAAAAUCCUCCAAUUGUAACUUCUCUAAUAAAAAAUUAUUUUUAAUUAGAAAUUUGA